GAAGCAGCGCAGCAGCAAAAAAAGGCCGAGGAAAGCUAAAAAGGAGACGUGAUUGUUUUCUAUGUCAUUGCGCUAAUUACUGCAUCGUUUGUUAUGUAUUAUUUUAGUACAGCACACUAAACAUAAAUAGUUAUUAAUAUUAAGACGCUCCAGGAUAAGCUAGUCUCAGCGUCACUUUGAAGUUUCUCAGGCUAGCUUAGCUUGCUAGCUGCUAACAAAAGAGACGCGGAAGUGCUGUGAUUGUGUGAAAAUGUGUAAAGUACAAAUGCUGAGAGCGUUGGUGAAUCAGCGACUAACUGCGGCUGUUGAAGAAAUAUUUGUAAUGUUGGAAAGAACGAUAGCAGAGUACGAGGAGGAACUUUUUCGAACAAAAGAGGAGAACGAGCGACAACGUCAACUACUGGACGCUGUUUUCAAUAAGCCUCGGUCCGGAUCUAACGCAGCAGCAGCACAAACAAUGGAGAACAUUGGCGGGACGGGAGCGGCAAAUAGUUCAAGUGACGAAGAUCUUCCCCCUGAGCAGCAGGAGUGGCGCUCCAGGGUGAAGCAGGACGAGCCCCAGCCCCCCUACAUUAAAGAGGAAGAGGAGGAGCCCAACAUCAGUCAGGAGGGACAGCAUCUUGAAGGACCGGAGGAAGCCAACUUCACCAAGUUACCCUUGACUGGUGUCAUUGUGAAGAGUGAAGAUGAUGAUGAUGAAGAUGAACCUCGGAGCUCUCAGCUCCAUCACAGAAGCUCACAGCCAGCGCCGCUGUCAGACAGCGAUAUGAUGGUCACUGACGAUGAAGACUCUAAAGCUGAUGUGACACGUCACGCUGACAACACACACCUGCAAUGCUCGCAGUGUGACAAAACCUUCAGUGACAACUCCACUUUGAAACGACACAUGAGGUGCCACACGGGAGAGAAACCUUUUGCCUGCUUGGUUUGCAAGAAAAGCUUCUCUCAGAAGGCGUCUUUGGUGAUACACACGAGGACGCACACGGGCGAGAGGCCUUACACCUGCUCCGUGUGCGACAAAGGCUUCCGCGAUAAUUCAGCGUUGGCGACGCACAUGAGGACACACACGGGGGAGAAACCGUUCACCUGCCCGUUUUGCGACAAAAGGUUUGCUCACAAGGGACAUUUGAUAUCACACACGAGAACGCACACCGGGGAGAAACCUUUUACCUGCUCUGUCUGCAACGCCAGCUUUCGGGUGCACUCGGUCAUGAUGAUCCACAUGCGGACGCAUACGGGAGAGAAACCUUUUGCCUGCUCGGUGUGCGGCAGAAGAUUCACCCAGAAGGGAAGCUUGAUUAUACACAUGAGAACGCACACGGGAGAAAAACCUUUUCCCUGCUCGGUGUGCAACAAACCAUUUCGGGUUCGUUCGGCACUGGCGACGCACAUGAAAACGCACAACGCGCAGUAACAUUUGCUGCGCUCGAUUUGUUGGUAAAUUGCAGCACGCACCAUGUUAUAUCAUUGCCUGUGCAACGCUAUCAUGUUACUGUGCUAUUCAUACAAACUAUUAAUAUAAUAAAAUACAAUGUGUAACAUUUGACAAGUUGUUAGUUGAAAAUGAUGUAAGAAUAAAAACAAUAGUGUCAAAAGAAUGAAGUGAAAGGAUUAAUAAUAACAUUAAGUAUAGUACUUUAUGAAUGGUCUUAUUCCCAUAGAGAUUGUUGUCUUUGAUUUCAAACUUGCAAAUGUUUACUUUUCUCAAUCUGUC